UUGUUUGUUUAUUUAUAUUGAAUCUGCCACUAUGUUUCAUUAAAUAAAGCAAUAUUAUUAUUGUUAAAAUGGCUUUAGCUGGCAUAGAUAAAUCGCAGUUGGCUGCGGUUUUGCAGAUACUAAAAAAGUACAACCUAAAAGGGACUGAAGAAUCACUGCGUAAAGAGGCUAAUAUCGAGGAAGGAACUGAAACUGCUACCCUACAAUCUGAUUCGGAAGUGAGUAGUGUACUAACUGGGUACAAAAGUGAUGGAGAUCCAGAAACAUAUGAAGCGUCAUACACUGGGCUUAAAAGAUUUGUUGAGAGUUCCCUGGACAUUUAUAAACAUGAAUUGGGCAUGAUUUUAUAUCCAGUUCUGGUACACAUGUAUUUGGAGUUGGUGUACAAUAAUCACACUGAAAAGGCCAUUGAUUUGAUGAAGAAAUUUGGACCAGAACAAGACACAUAUUAUCAGGAAGAUUUGAAGAAGUUGGCGAUGGUGACCAGAAGGGAACAUAUGAAUGUGAAUGAAUUGGCUGACACUUUUAAGUCUAAUCAAUUCAUCAUUCGAAUGUCAAGAGACACAUUGUCGUUAUUGAAACGACAUUUAAAUGACAAGAAGGCUUCAGUUCUACUGAAUAUAGUUCAAGAACAUUUAUAUUUUGAUAUGUAUGAGGGAGUUGCAAGGAACAAGAAUCAAAUUGAUGCCACCUCAGGGGCAGUUGGUGGGGAAGCAAAGAGACAAGAUAACAAAACAAAGGUUUACUAUGGCAUUCCAAAGCCAACUGAUUUUCAAACACUAGCCCCUGCCCCAGCAGAAGAUGAUGAUGAAGUGGACCAGGAUAAUCCAGACAAACCAAAAAAGAAAAAGGCAAAGAAAGAUCCUGCCUUUUCAAAGAAGACCAAGUCUGAUCCUAAUGCUCCACCAAAUGAUAGAAUUCCGGUUCCUGAUUUGAAAGAUAAUGAUAAAUUGGAGAAAUGUAAAGCCCUCAGGGAAAUAUCUAAAAGAGUAACAUUGGGUCCAGAGUCUCUUCCUUCAGUGUGUUGUUACACUUUAUUAAACGCCAACCACACGGUAACAUGCGCAGAAGUUACAGAGGACUCCAGCAUGCUGGCUGUAGGUUUCAGUGAUUCAAUGGUGAAAGUAUUUACAGUAGUACCACAAAAAUUGAGACAAAUGAAAUCUGUUGAUCAACUGCAGGACGUCAACAUUGAUGCGGAAGAUGUCUUGGCACGAAUGAUGGACGACAGGUCAGGCGAAACAUCGAGGUCACUUUAUGGCCAUGCUGGACCUAUCUAUGCUGUAUCCUUUUCACCAGAUAAAACCCUACUGAUUAGUUGUUCAGAAGACACGACCAUCAGGCUUUGGAGCUUACAAAUAUGGACCUGUUUGGUGGUUUACAAAGGGCACAUGUUUCCAGUUUGGGACGUCAAAUUUUCACCACUUGGUUAUUACUUUGCUUCAGCUUCUUAUGAUAGAACAGCGAGGUUGUGGGCCACAGAUCAUUAUUCACCUUUGAGACUGUUUGCGGGACACUUUUCCGAUGUAGACUGCGUCCAAUUCCAUCCGAAUUCCAACUACAUAGCAACAGGUUCGAGUGACCGACGCGUAUGCCUCUGGGACUGCACCACCGGAAACCACGUGCGUCUAAUGACCGGUCACAAGUCCCCGAUACACGUGCUUGCCUUCAGCGUGUGUGGGCGGUUUCUGGCGUCGGCCGGCACCGAUCACAAAGUCCUCGUGUGGGACCUGUCGCACGGGCAUCUGGUCGCCGAGCUGACGGGUCACGAGAAAACCAUCCAUUGUCUGGCGUUCAGCCGCUGCGGCAACAUACUGGUGUCCAGCGGUUUGGAUUGUCAGCUGAAGGUGUGGGACUUCACCAAGCUGAGCGAGGAGGCGAGCUCGGAGGAGGUGAACGUGUCGCACAAUCCGGACGUCAAGUCCGGCGAUGAGUAUUUGCUGAGGACGUUUGCCACCAAAAGUUCUCCGUUGAUUUGUCUACAUUUUACCAGGAGGAAUUUGUUGUUGGCGAUUGCUAUGUUUGACAGUGUUAGCACUUAAUAAAAUUUACGUAUUACUUUAGAAAUAAAUAAUAAAAACGGAAUAUUUUAUAAAAA